AUGUCAAAGGUCGCCAGCUGGUUCAAAACGCACCGUGUGGCCAUCAGAGAGUACCUGGAGACGAAGAACCCGUCCUGCAAACCGCCGCAUGAAUGGUGGGUAGUCCUAAUGCUCGUCGAAGAUGUGUCCGCAGCCACCACCGCUACCUUCAAGCAACUUCAAAAGGAUGACACUCUGGUCUCGCGGCAGCGCCAAGCCAUCGCCAAUCUACGGACUCGCUACAAAGACUAUGUCAAAGCAAACGGCCCAUUAUCUUCUGGACAGCGUGAAUACAUCGACAUCGAGAGAGACGAUGUGUCCAGCAACGAUUUCUACUCAGCUCGUGUCGCAGAUAUGACCACGUUUCUGGAAGACAUGGGUGGUUUUGUAUCCAAUCGCAUGCAACAUGCCGGGCAAGCCAGCAUGGAAAACCUGGCAAGAAACUUGAGCAAGGGCCUGUUGAAUUUGAUCGCUGGGCUGGACGAAGUCGUGGCCGAACGAAACUCCCUGAAUGGCGUUUCCUCGGACGUGUUGCCACCAGUGCUGCCGCACGAGCUGGUGACACUGAAUGGACGUGACUUUACCGCUAUUGUACGCGCACAACGUGAGCGUCUUGCUGCUCGUUGGGUCCCUAUUUCUGCAGAAGCGACAAUGGACUACAUUGAAACCGAAUUCCGUGAUCUCAAAAAUGCUUACCGCAAUGAAACGCCCUUACGUAAUGCAUUGGACGGCACUUUUCCGGGAACGUCCUCUGUAGAGAGCGACUUCUCCAUUCUAAAAUGGGAAAUAGACAUCCACCGGAUGAGCUUGACAGACUUUUCCCUGGAAGGCGUGAUGCACGCAAGGCAGUUCAAGCUUCUGCAGAAACUUACAUUCUAA